AAUCUGAUGAAGAUUAUUUCCCAAUCUGAUCAGGGAAAAAAAAGAACACUGAACAUGUAUACUUCUAGGUACAAAAUUGUUUAGAAUGAUUAUAAUAAACUAAGCUACCUGAAGUCUCUCUACUAAAUAGUUCGGAAUGACUAUCAGCAUAUACUAAACACUAGAGAUGAUGUCAAGGAAAGUGUCCUCGGGACAAGGAAUAGUAAGUCCACCCAUCGGAUGAUCAAACCCAAAUUCUUCUUCAGAAUUACUCAGCAGCUAUUGGAAUGAAUGGUCCUUUAAGUAUGAAAUCGGAAUAACAAAUCACUUCUUUUUGCCCUAGCCAAUAUAUACAGCAAAGUGUCCCUUGAGAACCUCAAUUUCUCUGUUUGACUUUGAACAAGACCUUCUUAGGCCUUGCUUGCCACAGAGAAUAUGCCCCAUACUAAUAGCCAUGUUCAAGUUCCAGGUUGGGGAGGAUGCAGUGUAAGUUGAAGAAGGCAGAAAAUAAGAUUUUUGUGGAGGAUGUAGUUGAGUGUGGGGAAUAAAACAUGAGGAAAUGUAUGUUUAUAUAGAUCUUUUAGGAGGUGGAAUAAGUGGCUAAGAGAGAUUAGGAUAGGAGGAAACUCGGGAAAGUCUAGGUAGCAUGAUAGGACACUACUGCACAUGGAUUUGUCUUUGAAGGAUCAUCCACAAGUUCACCUAACAUAAUGAAAGAGCUGUCAAUAUACACCAUUCCGCUACAUGCUUUCAAUGAAAGUAAAGAGACAGACUAAGACCAACUUACUGCCAGAUGUCAAUGCUAUUCACUCAAGAAAAAUAUCCUUAAUCAGAUUACUAGGAAACAAAACCAUGUGAGUGGCAUUCCUCAUUUAUGUAUAACAUGGUUUUGUCUGCUCUGAAUGAUGCUCAUAAAAGGCCCUCACACAACUGGAAGCUAACAUGGUUUUCCACUUUUCCCUAGUCUAAUUUACUAAACAGACAAACUUCCAUAUAACAUUUGUUCAUCCAACACUACAAAUCUGUCCAACCAAGAUACAAGGUUGCUACAUAUUUUGUAAUCUUCCCAUUAGAUCUCCCUUUUUUCUUUCUUUCAUUUGAGCUAAUUAGAUAAUCAGUUCCAAACUACUCAUCAAGCUAGCAAAAAGAAGGCAGAAGAUUGCAGUCACCCAAAGAGAAAAUUUUGUUCCCAAGACUAUAUGAUGAUGCAGGUAGCUACUUUAAUUCCUCUGCAUCGGCUAAUCAGGAUCAUUUUGCUCUGUACGGCUGGUCAGAAAUGCUUUGUUGUGCCACUAUCUUAUAUCAAUGAUGAGAUUAUUAGACAACUCUUUAAUAUGUCUGUAAAAGAUCUCCCUUUUUUCUUUCUUUCAUUUGAGCUAAUUAGAUGAUCAGUUCCAAACUACUCAUCAAGCUAGCAAAAAGAAGGCAGAAGAUUGCAGUCACCCAAUGAGAAAAUUUUGUUCCCAAGACUAUAUGAUGAUGCAGGUAGCUACUUUAAUUCCUCUGCAUCGGCUAAUCAGGAUCAUUUUGCUCUGUACGGCUGGUCAGAAAUGCUUUGUUGUGCCACUAUCUUAUAUCAAUGAUGAGAUUAUUAGACAACUCUUUAAUAUGUCUGUAGAAGAAUUUGGAGUUCCAAGCAAUGGGCCUACUACUCUACCUUGUGAUUAAACUUUCAUGGACUGCAUCAUUUCACUUAUUAGCAUUUAGCAGAGGUUUAUCUAGAGAACAUGGGAAUGCAUUGUCCAUCUCCAUUACUUUGUAUUGUUGCUCAUCACCUUUACUGCACCAAGUGGGAUGAGAAAUCAGGAACUAUGUUGUCAGUAAUUGUUGUAAUUUGUAAAUGAAGAAGUCAUCAGUUGUAGCUCAACAGAUAUUCAUAUCUUCCAGGUUUUUUUUAAAUUAAUUAUAUUCAGAUUAUAUUCAAAGUGAGCAAGAAUCAACAAGCAACCUAAUU